ACUAGAAAGAGGAAGUGUGGUCAGGCUGGUGUCUGCUGUCUCUGAGGGUGAGUGAGGGUAUGUGGGCGAGCACAGCCUCUCCCAGCCCGGCUUCCACACCGCCCUCAGUCCACCGCUGUCUCCCCAGCUGCUUGCAGCCUACAGCCUGACAGUCCAAGCUUCCACAGUGAUGAGUUGGUGGAGGGACAAUUUCUGGAUCAUCUUAGCUGUGGCCAUCAUCAUUGUCUCCUUGGUCCUGGGUCUCAUCCUGUACUGUGUCUGCAGGUGGCAGCUGAGACAAGGCAAGAAGUGGGAAAUCGCCAAGCCCUCAGAACAGAACGAAAGAGAGGAAGAAAAGAUGUACGAGAAUGUUCUGAAUUCGUCACCUGAUAAGUUACCUGCUCUACCGCCCCGGGGCUCGCCUCUUGCGGCAGACCUAGCCCCGAGGAAAGCGCCAAGCCAGCCGCUGGCGUGGUACGCAUCGGUGAAGAAGAGUAGAGACAAGAAGGCCACCUCAGGGCCCAGCGAGCCAGAGAACGACUACGACGAUGUCGAGAUCCCGACAAGCGCUGGAAACCAGCACGCCAAAAAACCCGCACCUUCUUGGCAAGCCGAAACGGGCUUACACGGCUUGUUUUAGAAUGGUCUGGGUGGUUGGACACAGCACGUCUCAAACCCUAGAGGAAGCCGCCACAGCCGUGUGAGAGCUACAGCAGAUGACGGGACAGCCCGAUGUGACCAGUGCUCCAGGUGUGACUGGUGAUCCAGCGGUUCCUGACGACACCCCAGAAGCUCUGCUCUGUGACUAUGGGGGUCUAGCCUUUGCACUUCUGUGGAGGUUUCCUUAGUGCGGCCCACGGGGCCUGUGAGAAUCCACUCCUUCCCCUCUCGUUCCUGUGUGAAUGUGGCUCUGCGGCAAAGGUCUCAGCCUUCCUCACGCUGCAGCCCUUCAGUGCGGCUCCUCAUGCUGUGGUGAACCCAACCAUGUUGCUAGCUCAUGACUGUAACUUGCUACUGUUAUAAACUGUAAUGGAAGCAUUUGA